UAUGACGCCUUUUUUCCGCGUGACGCCCUCGUGGUGGUGAAAUUGUGACGUCGUCGUCGGUCGCCGCCCCCCGACGUGUCUCUUGAUUCGUGUGAAGUGAUGUUCAGCUGCACGACGGGCGUGAAAAAAGCAAAAGCAGCGACUUGUGUGCGAAAGAGAGAGAGAGAGUGAGUGAGUGAGUGUGCGAGUUCUUCCUUACGUCCCUGAUUACAUCGAUACUUCUUCUCUCAUCUUAGUGGGGGCACUAAAUCCAUAAUUUGGGGGGAGACAGGGAUUAGGAAAAUGUAAAGGUGCAUAUUUUUCUGGAGGACAACUUUAAAACGCGCCCCCGACGGCCGAUUCUUUGGCUCCUGCUGGAGGAGGAGAAGGAGAAAAGAAGAAGUAGUAGGAGAAGGGGGCGGAAUAUAUAGAGAGAGAUAUAAGAGAGACACGUAUAUAUAUUAUACGUCUUCCUCUUCUUCAUCCUCGUCAUCGAUACGGCGACUCGAGAAAUGAAGCGAUACGAGGAAUGCAGAUGGUGUGAAAGAGACUGCUCUUCUCUUGGACAUCGACUGUCAGUUUGCUAAGUUUUGGCGGGUAUAAGUCAGCGGUACUCUUUGAUGCAAAUAUUUGUGAUCUAGCCUUAUAUUGCUCACCAUGGAGCGUCUACACAUUCCCUAUCCUGGAAAAUUCCAUCGGAUCAAUCAGAUGGGAUUGGUCGAUCACCAGCAGGUAGCACAGGCCCACCCAGGAUCAUUCAUAAGCUUCCAGAUUCAGGAACAUCCCAACCCUGGGCCAAAAGAACAGAUACCUUUGCAGAUUCCAACUCCUAAUGCUGUGCAAAAUGCUAUUCAGACAACAAUUCAGAAUGCCAUUCAAGCCCCAGUGCAAACUAUGCACACAGCUACGAACACAGUGCAGGCUGCUGUGCAGACCCAGCAACAGAAUCAGCAAGUACAAACAACUCCAGUGAUCCCAGAAAAGCCUUAUGAGUGCAACCGGUGUAGCAAACGCUACGCCCAGAAGAGCCACUUGACCAGCCACAUGAUUUGGCACGACAGAGAGAAAAACUUUGUGUGUAAAAUAUGCAACAAGAGAUUCUCCAUGGAGAGUCACCUUAAUGGCCAUAUGCUGGAACACAGCAGAGAGAAAAAAUUUGAGUGCGAAGUGUGCGGAAAGAGAUUUUCGAUGGAAAACUACCUUAACAGCCACAUGCAUGUGCACAUUUCCGAGAAAAAGUUUCAGUGUGAGGUUUGUGACAAACGUUUCGCCAUGCAAAACCACCUCGAUAGCCAUAUGUUGGUACACUGCACAGAGAAGAAGUUUGAGUGUGGGAUAUGCCGUAAAAGAUACACCCAGCGGAGCCACCUGAACAGCCACAUGCUGAAGCAUAGUAAAGAAAGGAACUUUGAGUGUAUGCUUUGUGGCAAGAGGUUCCAAAUGGAAUGUCACCUGAAGAGCCACAUGCUCGUCCACAGUGAUGAGAAGAAGUUCGAGUGCGUGCUUUGCGGUAAGCGUUUCCACAUGGAGGUCCAGUUAAACAGCCACAUGGUUGUUCACAUGAGUGAGAAGAAGUUUGAGUGCAGCAUAUGCGACAAGAAGUUCAUCAUGGAAAGCCAUCUCAAUAGCCACAUGCUCAUCCACAAUGAGAAGACCUUCGAAUGCGAGCUGUGUCAUAAAAGAUUCAAUAUGGAAAGCCAUCUUGUGAGUCACAUGCUCGUGCACAACGAGAAGACGUUCGCUUGCGAGAUAUGCGGGAAGAAGUUCAAUAUGUUGAGCCAUCUGAACAGUCACGUUAUGGUACAUAGCAUGGAGAAGAAUUUCGAGUGUACCGUUUGUGAAAAGCGUUUUGCCAUGGAAAAUCACCUUAACAGCCACAUGCUUGUACACAGUGAGGACAAAAAGUUUGCCUGUCAGAUUUGCGAAAAGCGCUUCAUUCUGGAAAUCCACUUGACAAGUCACAUGCUCGUCCACAGUGAGGAGAAAAACUUCGAAUGUGAAAUAUGCAACAAAAGGUUCAACAUGGAGAGCCAUCUGAACAGUCACAUGUUGGUGCACAAUGAAAAGACUUUUGAAUGCAUGCUCUGUGGGAAGAGAUUCCUUAUGGAAAGUCACCUAAAAAGCCACAUGCUGGUUCAUGGAGAGAAAAAGUUUCAGUGUGGGCUUUGUUCCAAGAGGUUCCACAUGGAGAGUCAUCUGAACAGUCACAUGCUGAUGCACAGUGAGGAAAAGAACUUUGGCUGCCCAAUGUGUGGCAAGAGGUUUAACAUGGAAAGCCACCUCAACAGCCACAUGCUUAUGCACAGUACUGAAAAAAAAUUUGAAUGCAAUGUUUGCGGCAAAAGGUUCAAUAUGGAGUGUCACCUUAACAGCCACAUGCUCGUUCAUAAUGAAAAGAAGUUUGUCUGUGGCUUGUGUGGAAAACGCUUCAAUAUGGAAAGUCACCUCAACAGCCACAUGCAAGUCCACGGGGAUAAAAAUUUCGAGUGUGACAUAUGCGGAAAGAGGUUUGGCCAGAGUAGCCACCUGAAUGCCCACAGAUUUGUCCACACAGAACAGAAAAAAUAUGAAUGCCAGGUAUGUCGGAAAAAGUUUGCCCAGGAGAGUCACCUGGGAGCCCACAUGUUCGUUCAUAGUGACGAGAAAAAGUACGAGUGCGAAACUUGCGGAAAGCGCUUCAUCCAGGAAAUGCACCUCAACAAUCACAGAUUCACUCACAACACAGAGGGCAAAAUUGAGUACCAGCAGUGGGGAAACCGCAUUGCUGCAAAGAAUCAUGCAAACAUGCUGAAUUUCUUGCAUCAGGAUGACAAAGUCUUAGAGUGUGAAGAAUGCGGCAAGAAGUUUGCCCACGAGAGUCACUUGGUCAGUCACAGGUUCGUACACAAGGAGGAGAAACGUUUUGAAUGUGACCAAUGUGGAAAAAGGUUCUCUCAAGAAAGUUACCUCUGCAGUCACAAAAUUGUCCAUAGUGAGAAGAAGUAUGAAUGCAACCAGUGUGGGAAGAAAUUUGUCCAAGAAAGCCACCUGAAUAGCCACAGGUUUGUCCACAGCGAGAAGAUCGAAGUUGAGUACGGCAAGGAAAUUAUUCGAGAUUUGCCCAACCUUCAGAAUGGUCAAAUCAUUGUCCAGGAAAUGGAGAAGAAGCCGUUUGAAGAUCAUAACGCUCAGCUGGUCACAGAUGACAAAAAGCAGUAUCAGUAUGAGCAGAAUGCCAAGUUACUGAUCCAACAGACAAAUCAGUCACCCUAUGCCUAUGCCCAAUGGGAACAUGUGCGUACACUCUGGUCGUUGUAGCCAAAACAGGUCGAAACCUAGGUGUAUUCACUUAUCCCAAUUCCUUAUUGUACAUAGAUUACAGUUAGCUAUUGCCUGAAAUAUAUUUUGCAAUAUCUAAGGUAUUAGUAAUAUGGUGUAGGAUGUAAGCCUGUGACGUAAAUUAUAUAUUGUAUUUUAAAAGUGGAUGCACGGGAAGUGUCCGAUUUCUUUAUUCAGAUAUUCAUUAUAGUGUAUAUAUACAGUAGACACAUCAAGGGCUGUUGGUGCUUGAUUAUCCUGUGAGAACCAAAGACAUUUAUUACCAGUAAAUGUGCGCGAGGGCGACACGGGACGCAGCGUUGCGGAAAGGUACGCUCGUCAGCUGUUCGCACUCGCCCAAGCAUUGGAGCUUUAGUGUCAUUUCAUAUACUUUGUGCAAGAUGGUGGUGUUUAUGGAAUGUACUAUAAAAACAAUGUUUAUAUUGUUUAAUAAUUAUAUACUUUUUUAUGGAGAAGUUUGUUUCAAGUGAGAUGUCUGUCUGAGUGAGAUGCUUGUCUUGAGUAGAUAAGGAGAAAUGCAUGUUGCUAUUACGUUAGGUUUGAUAAUGCUCAGGAACUUCGUGAAUAUACCAUAAGAGGUUAUUUCUCAGAUGUUGUGUAUGGAUGGGUCUGAGUUGAGGGCGGUUUUUGAUGACUGUUCCUUUAUACUAUGACUGCUUGCUUGCCUCUUGGAGAGUGUGAGAUAGAAAGGAAGGAAGAAAGACAUGAAGUGACAUGAAGUGAGAGAAAUUGUAACCUGAUGUCAUGUGGAAGAAAAUUUUGAUUUCGUUUUCCUUAUUACGAUCUGUUACGAAAUGACGACGUUCGUUGUGCCAGUGUUUGAAAGUGUUUGAAAUCUUUCUCAAAGUGAUGAUGUGCACCUCAAGGAUAAUCAGCAAAUGAGCAGCAGAGUUUCAAAGAGAUCAUAUGAAAAGUGGAAUUGCCCUGUGUGACUGGAAUUACUGAGACCCUGCAUUGGAAUUUCUUCCAUGCAGCAGAGAGAAGAUGCUAGUAACGUGACUUGAUUGAUAAAUUCUCAGAAGGAUUUUAAAUAUACAUUAGAUUUUUUUUUUUUUUUGCAACAUUCAGAAAAUGCCCGCAAGAAAGAAAUCUGGCUUUUUUUUAAUUCAGCUUAGUAAUGAUCUGUAUACAUAUUGUUAAAAUGAAUUAACUUGCUUUUAAGAAAAUGCCAGUUGUUACACUUUGCCAAUUUGGGUUAGACACCAUAAUAAGCUUUGAAUGUAUGUAUAGGUAACUGAUAACUGUCCAUAAUUUACAAGAAUAUUUUGAAUGUCUGUAAGGAUAUUUUUCCUCAUUUUUAUCGUUCAGUUGAACUUUCCUGCUGCUGCAUAUGUAUGCAAGAUACUCCUUAGGGGUGACGAGAUACUUCGUAAUGCCUGAAUGUGAACAUAGUGUUGAAGUCAUAAGUUUUAAUGAAAAUAAAGGUUUACUGCAAUGCCCGUUGGGCAGCUAUGGUCUGUACUAUAAUGAUCAGGAGUAUUUUGAUGAACUGGACGGUAGUUCUCAGUUUAUGGUCUCGAUGCACUCCAGUAUGUACAAUACACGUAUAGUACGUGCUCACCAAAGGCCGCGAGAGUUAACAGUAAAGUCGACGAACGUUCCAGCAAGCAGUUUAACGUCCUGUUUAGGCGACUCUUGAAAAAUAUUUUAGCGAAGCAUUGGCAUUAAAUGAAUGAAAUUGUUCUAAAAAAAGCACAAAGUAGAAACCUACACCAAUUAGAUUUGCGAUAUAUCUCACAUUAUAACUUAUGGGGUUAAUGCCAUGUUAUUAUUAUUAGUAUGUUGGCAUCCAUACAUUAUAUUGUAUAUCAUAGUUAAUGGACCAUAAGGUCAACGUACAUGUAGAGUAUUUAUGGAGCAUCUGUAUCAGAUGUUAAGUCUAGCAGCCAAUUUGUACUUGCCACAAAUAACGCUGCAUCUCCAUGUGGAUGAUGCAUGGUGGAUGAUGCAUGGUAGUGCCAUCCAUGGAUUGUGGAGUGAGGCAGAGUCGCGUUCACCCUUCGACUGAGAGCGACACAUGUCGAAGGCCCGGCUUCACUGCCCUAGGCUGAAGGAUAUCGAGAAACUAUACUAACACUUUGUCCCAGUGAGCUGUUAACCCAAGAUUUUUUUUGGUCAAAACUGAUGGAACUUUUUAAAACUUGAUCUAGUUUUUACAGUAUGUCUGAUCACUAUUGCUUACGUCAUCGUGAGAUUUUUCGUAAACACGAGUCUUCAUCUGUUGCUUUAGACGUAUUUUUUAGACGUAUUGGCCCAGUGAUGAUCAGUUAGCAUCUGCGAAUUCUAACUCAAUCUUUUUUGUAAGGAAGAGGCUUCAGUGAAUCCCAAACAUCUCUCUCAGUUUGAAUCAUUGUUAUCUAAUGUUUUGUCUCUAAAAAAAUUUCCUGUUAUGUUUUUUAUGUUUUGCUUUUUUUUAAGUUUUAAAAAAAUGGAUGGGUCCAAUCCUUUUGCAUUACAGAAAGUGCAGUUUUAAUGUAUUUUGACUUACAUGUGUUUUUUUUCUUUUAAGAUUCAAUGACUUUUGUGGAAACAAACAUUCACUCUGGCUUUUUUUUAUUAACUUAUUUAGUCAAUUGAAGACAGGUUUUUAUUUUUUCUUAUGAUAUUUUAGUAAUCUUUCAAAGAAAACUGGUUCUGAAGCACCACAAGACAUCAUUGCUAGCCUAUCAAGUAAAUUGUUUUUAUUUUGCAAAAAAAAAAAAAAAAAAACAAAAAAAAAAAAAAAAAAUUAAAAAUUAAAACAAGAACUUGCAAAAAAAAAAAAAACAAUCAGGAACUUGCAAUGUUGUGGUAAUCUGUGGUAAUCACUAAAAUGCGAAUUUUAUUUAUUUUUUUACUCCAUUAAUGAAAAAAUAUGGUAUUCAUCUAACAGCUUUGCUGGUUCUAGUGAAAGUCUAAUUAUUCUUUGGAGCCAUGAGUGCAAAACAGAGGCAAAAUGGCUGACCUAUGGAAAAUAUACAUAUAUAUAAAAAGAAGCACAGAAAGAAGAAGCCACAUGUAGCCUUGAUAUGCAAAUUUCCAAAAAAAAUAUUACAUUCAAAGUGAAAUGAAUUGUUUCCACAAAAACCUCCAAUUGUUAUGAAUACAACAACAAAGAUAUUAGUAACUUACUUCUUAUGAUGCCUUUUCCCCUUAAUCAAUAAAUCUAAAAAAAAAAAAAAAAAAAAAAAUAAAAAAAAAAUUGGCUGCUAGACGGUUUAUAUCUAAACACAUAUUUUGGGGGUUUUAAAACUAUAGUAGAUGGGCGAGAGAAAGUAAUUUUAGAUAUUUUAUAUUAGUUAUAAUUGAAGCGAAUGUUGGUUCGAUGCUUGUGAUAUUAGGGUCUUUUAACUGACAAAUGGUGGCUUGAUCUCUCUAUACGCUGUUUCGUUUUAGGGGUCUUGUGAUAAAAAGUGACGCUUCUAUGUAAUUAUUAGUAGAUGUGAUUGAUCGGCGUGUUAACCUACCACCCCCUUGAGCAGGGGACGUCAUUUUCUAUUUAUUUUCCUAAGAAUUUUCACGUAUGUUUCUGGUACGUUAAUAAUUAUUGUUCAUCUGGACAGUCAGUUGAGUAUCUAUGGUUUGCCUGCAAUGAAAUUUUGCUUGUCGCAAUGACCAGGCGAUAAAACAAUACAUAUAUAUUUAUAUAAAGUACAUUGUAAUUUAUUCAUUAUAUAAUAGAAGCCGUCACUUUUAUUAGCAAGACCGCAGACGAACGAGUAAAUCCACACACUUUUUUGGAGUGUCACCAGCCAACCUAUAUAACACAAGAUGCCGUCGGUUGCAGUACAUGUCUCACAUCGCUACAGUUUCUAAAAAAAAUAUUUGAAUAAAUGACGUUUUCUUUAUAUACUCCCACCAGUUUUAUAUACGAUUGAGUGACUGCUUGAAUCCAUUAUUAUAUAUUAUUAACUUCUUUUAAGAGGUAUUUAAAUAUGAAAAAAGUAGACCUAGGCUAUAACGGAUUCGUCUCGUAGGAUCGUGGAGGAAAAAUGGCAGCUAUCUAUCUAUCUAUAUCUAUGUGAAUCGAGUAUCUGUGUGGGUGAGGCAACGUCCUGGAGAUAUAUGUAUAAAAAAAAUUGUUGUUCACAUUCUAAGCUUUUGGUUCAAAUUAUAAAGCAACGUCCUAAAGAUAAUAUUAAGUUUUUGGUUCACAACUUGGGCCACUGCAACCGGCAGGCAUGAUGACGACCACUUGCCUAGUACAUUAAAUGUAUAUCUUAGACUGUAGUAGAGUAGUAGUCAUUGGUAGCUAUAAAAAAACUAAUUAAAAAAAAGAAUAAAAGCCUUAACCAAGUAUUAUUAUAAAAAAAAGAGAAAACACGAAUUAUAGCUUCAGAAGAGAACCAAUGUUUUUUUAGGAAAACAUGUGGUAUUUUUAGUAUCGUGUAUAAUAGCUAGCUAGGGUGUUUUAAAGGGCGCAAUUUAUAUAAGGCAUUGAAUAUCAACCCAGUGUAAGUUUACAGUAUUAUAAGUUGUCAUUUAUAUGUGAUCUUAAAUUAUGUAUAUCUUGUGUUUAAUAAACUUUUUUAUAUUGCA